GCGGGUGCUGGAUGGUCUGGCCUGCCCCUUCUCCCGGGGCCCGGGCUGCUCUCGCCGUCGCCGCUGCGGGAGCUGCGGCGCCAAGAUGAGCGGAGAGGAGAACCCGGCCAGCAAGCCCACGCCGGUGCAGGACGUGCAGGGCGACGGGCGCUGGAUGUCCCUGCACCAUCGGUUCGUGGCGGACAGCAAGGACAAGGAACCUGAAGUCGUCUUCAUCGGGGACUCCUUAGUCCAGCUAAUGCACCAGUGUGAGAUCUGGCGGGAGCUCUUCUCUCCUCUGCAUGCCCUUAACUUUGGCAUUGGUGGUGACAGCACACAGCACGUGCUGUGGCGGCUGGAGAAUGGGGAGCUGGAACAUAUCCGGCCCAAGAUUGUGGUGGUCUGGGUGGGCACCAACAACCACGGGCACACAGCAGAGCAGGUGACUGGCGGCAUCAAAGCCAUUGUGCAACUGGUGAACGAGCGGCAGCCCCAGGCCCGGGUCGUGGUGUUGGGCCUGCUUCCAAGGGGCCAGCAUCCCAACCCGCUUCGGGAGAAGAACCGACAGGUGAAUGAGCUGGUUCGGGCAGCACUGGCUGGCCACCCUCGGGCCCACUUCCUGGAUGCUGACCCUGGCUUUGUACACUCGGAUGGCACCAUAAGCCACCAUGACAUGUACGAUUACCUGCAUCUGAGCCGCCUGGGCUACACACCCGUCUGCCGGUCCCUGCACUCCUUGCUUCUGCGUCUGCUGGCCCAAGACCAGGGCCAAGGUGUUCCCCUGCCAGAGCCCACUCCCUAAGCAUCCUACCUUCCCACAUUAAAUUCUCCUUCCUCAGU